AAAGGAUUUUAUUUCCAGGAAAAGCGUAUAACCAGUAUUGAAGAACUUUAAAUUAAAUAGAGUGUUUACCGAUUUUAUAAUUCAUCAUUUAAAUCCAGAUCUACACCUACCAAAAAUAGAUAUGGGUGAACAUUGUAUUGUUAUUGAAGAUGCUGAUAUUGAUGAAGUGAAGUUAGAAGACAAACCAGGGAUCAUAGACAUAUGCGAACACUUCAUAGAUGAAGAAGGAGUUUACGAUAGAGAAGAAUUUAUAAUAAAGAACGAAGGAAGUUGCACGAAUUCCUCAGAUGUAGAAGUUGAUGCAAAUCAGUCAACUGCCUUUUUCAACAAAAAAAUCUCUCAAGUAUUUGAUCCCACAACCAUUAAAUCUGAACCGGUUCACUUGGACCAGUGUGAAUUUCCUAAAUGUCACUUGAUUGGUGCAAGGGAAGAAAAAUAUCUUGAUGAACCCAUACAAUAUGAACAUACCGAUCAUACAUACUGUAGUAAAGACGACAAGAAUCCCGUUAAAUUAGAAGUUGUAGACAUUUUUGAACAGUUUAUAGACAAUGAAGGAGUUUAUGAUAGAGAAGAAUAUAUAAUUGAGAAUGAAAAAAUUAACCCAAACACUCUACUUAUUGAAGAUAAUUCAAAUCAAUUUCCUGCCUGUUUAAACGAAAAAAUGCCCCCAGUAUUAGACCCAACAGGCAUAAAAUCUGAUACGUUUAACUUAGGAGUUGUGGACACAUGUGAACAAUUUAUAGACGAUGAAGGAGUUCACAAUAAAGAAGAAUUUAUAAUAAAGAACGAAGGAAGUUACAUAAAUUCCUCAGAUAUAGAAGUUGAUGCAAAUCAGUCAACUGCCUUUUUCAACAAAAAAAUCCCUCAAGUAUUUGAUCCCACAACCAUUAAAUCUGAACCGGUUCACUUGGACCAGUGUGAAUUUCCUAAAUGUCACUUGGUUGAUACAGGGAAAGAAAAAUAUCUCGAUAAAUCCACACAGUAUGAUCAUAAUGAUCAUACCUACUGUUGCAAAUAUGACGAGAAAAGUCAUGUCAAAUCAGAAAUCUUAGAAUUUGUCGAACAAUUUAUAGACAAUGAAGGAGUUCAUGGCAGAGAAGAAUAUAUAAUUGAGAAUGAAAAAAUGAACUCAAAUUCCCUACUUAUUGAAGACAAUUCAAAUCAAUCACCUGCCUCUUUUAACGAAGAAAUGCCUCUAGUAUUAGCAACAGGCAUAAAAUCUGAUAUGUUUAACUUAGGAGUUGUGGACACUUGUGAACAAUUUAUAGACGAAGAAGGUGUUCACGAUAGAGAAGAAUAUAUAAUUGAAAAUGAAAAAAUUAACCCAAACUCCCUAAUUAGAGAAGGUGAUGCAAAUCAAUCACCUGCCUUUUUUACCAAAGAAACGCCUCAAAUAUUUGAUCUAGAGAAUGAUGAAGCACUUCCUGUUACUAUCAACAAUCAAGAGGUUCAUAUGUGUGAUUUUGAGACCAACGAUGAAAAAGAUCUUGCGUUACAUAUCAAAUCUGUUCAUUCGAAUAUUAAGUGUCAUUUAUGUGAGUAUGUUACUAGCAAAAAAGGGGACUUUCUAAUGCAUGUCGAGCGUGUUCAUCUGGAUAGGAAGAAACAAGAAUGUUACAUUUCUGGAUAUGCUGCACAUUUGAAAACUAAGGAACACAAGUGUCACUUAUGUAAAUAUGCUUCAAGUGAAAAAAAUGUUCUUGAAAAACAUAUAAAAUCAGUUCAUUUGAAAAUUAAGGAACACAAAUGCAACUUAUGUGAAUAUGCUGCGAGUAAAAAACAGACUCUUCGAAGGCAUUUUGACACUGUUCAUUUGAAAAUUAAGACGCACAGGUGUCACUUAUGUGAAUAUGCUGGGAGUGUUAAAGAGGCCCUUGAAAGACAUAUAAAAUCAGUUCAUUUGAAUAUUAAGAAACACAAAUGCCACUUAUGUGAAUUUGCUACGAGUAAAAAACAGACACUUGAUAGUCACGUGAAAUCUGUUCAUUUGAAAAUUAAGGAACACAGGUGUUAUCUCUGCGAAUAUGCUUCAAGUGAAAAAAAUGCUGUUGAAAAACAUAUAAAAUCAGUUCAUUUGAAAAUUAAGGAACACAAAUGCCACUUAUGUGAAUUUGCUACGAGUAAAAAACAGACACUUGAUAAUCACGUGAAAUCAGUUCAUUUGAAAACUAAGGAAUACAAGUGUCACUUAUGUGAAUUUGCUACGAGUAAAAAACAGUAUCUUCCAAGGCAUUUUGACACUGUUCAUUUGAAAAUUAAGACGCACAGGUGUCACUUAUGUGAAUAUGCUUCAAGUGAAAAAAAAUAUCUCGAAAUGCAUGUGAAAUCAGUUCAUUUGAAUAUUAAAGAACACAAAUGCAACUUAUGUGAAUAUGCUGCGAGUAAAAAAGAUACUCUUCGAAGGCAUUUUAACUCUGUUCAUUUGAAAACUAAGGAAUACAAGUGUCACUUAUGUGAAUAUGCUUCAAGUGAAAAAAAUGUUCUUGAAAAACAUAUAAAAUCAGUUCAUUUGAAAAUUAAGGAACACAAAUGCAACUUAUGUGAAUAUGCUGCGAGUGUUAAGAAUAGACUUGAUUAUCACGUGAAUUAUGUUCAUUUGAAAAUUAAGGAUUAGGCAACACAAGUGUCAUCUGUGUGAGUAUGCUGCAAGUACAAAAAAUGUCCUCAAAAAACAUUUUUACUCUAUUCAUUUGAACAUCAACGAGAUAUUAAUGUCACUCAUGUGAAUAUGAAUAAUUCAUUGGAAAACUGGUAACAGGUGGGGACAUGUUACAAGCAUAAACGAUACUUUGUGGAAUACGUGGAAAAUCUGUCCAUUCAAAUAGCAAGUAACAAUUUUCAGUAAUGAACUAUACUGUAAAUAUAUGAGGUUAUUUUUAA